AUGCCUCCACCGUGUACCAUUGAAACAUGCAAACGUAAAUCCCGAGCAUUAUGUCAUUGUUGCAGCCAGAAUCUUUGUCCUGAUCAUUUGAAAGAACAUGAUGAUGUAAUAAAUUCUCAAGUAAAUCCUCUUGUUGACGAAAUUAAUAAUAUUGAUAAUCAAUUGUCGUCCUUAAAUGUCGAUGACGUUAUUGAUAAAUGUCGUCAAAAAUUGGAUAAAUGGCGUCAUGAUUGUCAUAAUGUAAUCGAUCGUUACUAUGAAGAAAAAAGUCAAGAACUUCAACAACGUUGUGUUCAACUAGUUAGUCAAAAACGAAAAAAAAUUCAUCAAUUAAAAUUAAAAACAAACGAACUUAUUCAAGAACAAGAAGUAACGCAUGACGAUAUAUCUUUAUUGAAAUCAACUAUUAAUAAUAUCAAACGUGACGUUAACCAAUUUGAAGAGAAUGGCAUUUUAGUUGAUACUCAUCCUUUAAUUAUUAAUCAAUAUUUAGUUUAUAUUGAAGAAUUAACAUCGAACAAACUCGAUAUAUAUACUCUUUCGUCUCCUUACCAAUCAGUCGAUUGUUCUAAUGAUGAUUGGCAAGUACUGGCAAGCAAUAAACAUUUUUUACUAUUAGGUCAAUAUCCAAAUUUAUGUUUGUUUAAUAAAGAAUUGACUCUUUUAAAACAAUUUCCAUGGGAAUAUGAUCGCAUUUCUGAUAUAUGUUGGUCAUCGACUAUAAAUAGUUUUAUUAUCAUAACAAACAAAAAUGGAGUUUUUCUAAUUAACGAAAAUCUAACAUCAAUUAAAUCCAUUCAAACAAUCGAGAAAAGCCAGUGGAUGUCUUGUACAUGCUCAAAUGCAUCUCUAUAUCUAAUCACGAAUGAAUCAACUUCUGAUAUUUUUCAAUUCAAUCUUUUAUCGUCGUUUCAUUUCAUCAAACGAUGGAAAUCUCCUCAAACUUGUAACUACGACGAACUUAUCUAUACUAUUGCUUACAACAAUGAAACACUUGCUUUAAUAAUAAGAGAAAAAGACGAUAAAUCAAAGCGCAUUGAACUUCGAUCUUCAUCAACACUCGAUAAACUCUGGUCACUCUCAUUUGAUACAAUGUAUCGUCUUGGACGACGGUUAUAUCGUCUUUGUUCACUCAAAUAUGACGAAUGGCUUGUUAUCGAUGAUACUACUUCACAUAUUGUGCAUGUUAGUAAUGAUGGAAAAAUAAAGGCAAGACGUUCAUACAAACCAACAGUUCAUAAUGCUGUUUUAUUCGGUUCAAACAUGUUGGCCAUGAGAACAAAAACUUGUCUCAAUUUCUAUAGAAUAUAA